AUGCCGCCCAAGAAGAAGGUCGAAGAGGAGGCCGUCGGCCCAUGGAUGUUGGGCCGCUGGUCCCGCGCACUCAAGGUCGGUCUAGUGGGCAUGCCGAACGUCGGGAAGAGUACGCUCUACAAUACGUUGAGCAAGUCUCAUCACUCGAAAACUGCCAACGUGCCCUUCUGCACGAUUGACCCCACCGAGACCAGGGCCUUCUUAGAGGACGAGCGAUUUGAUUGGCUGGUCGCGCAGCACAAGCCAAAGAGCGAAGUGAAGGCGUUUGUCACAGUGGUGGACAUUGCCGGCUUGAUUUCCGGAGCCCACAAAGGCGAAGGCUUGGGCAAUGCAUUUCUUUCCCAUAUUCAGUCCGUGGAUGGCAUUGUGCACGUCAUGCGUGCCUUUGAAGAUGACGACGUUAUCCAUGCGGAAGACACGGUAGACCCUGUGCGUGACAUCAACACCAUCUGCAGCGAACUGCGCUUAAAAGACAUCAGUUACAUGAAGGGCAAGGUCGAGUUCCACAAGAAGAGUCAUGCAGCAGCUAGAACCAAGUCGCCCGCUCACCUGAAGAAGUGGGAGGACGAGCUGGAAACAAUGGAAAAAGUUAUUGCUUGGCUCGAGGAAGGGAAGGAUGUCAAGAAUGGGAUGGACAAGUGGACGACCAAAGACAUUGAGUACAUCAACGACUACGGCCUGCUUACUGCGAAGCCCUGCAUGUACGCAAUCAACAUGAACAAGAAGGAUUUUUGCAGGAAAAAGAACAAGUUCCUGAAGCCCAUCUAUGAUUGGGUACAGGCCAACUCCCCGGGCAGCGCCAUGAUUCCCUACUGCGGCGCCUACGAAGAAGAGUUGCAAGACAUGGAGACGGAGGCGGAACGACAGAAGCAACUGACCGAGGAUGGUGUCGUUAGCGCAAUGCCGAAGAUGAUUACGACAGCCUUCCACAUGGUGCACCUGAUCAACUUCUUCACAGCGGGGCCUGACGAAGUGAAGGCUUGGACGGUCCGCAAGGGAUACAAGGCACCUCAAGCGGCCGGAGUUAUUCAUACCGAUUUUGAGAAAGGCUUCAUCAUGGCCGAGGUCAUGGCCUUCAGUGAGUUGAAGGAGCUUGGCAGCGAAGCAGCAGUGAAGGCAGCCGGCAAAUACCGGCAGGAAGGCAAGCUGUAUGAGGUGCAAGAUGGGGACGUCAUUUUCUUCAAGUUCAACCUGGGCAAGGGAAAGUGA